CUAAGGGAGAGUUGUGUGCGUGUAACUUCGUAUUUUGUUUUGAUGAAAUCGUGCUAAAUAAACUUUAGUUUUGUGUUUAAAGUGUAUUUUAGCGCGAUGUAAUAGUGUUUUGAGUUCAGUUUAAUUGUUUCCAAAGUUAGUCAACAGAGGAUGACUCGGAUUCGUUAAUUUCGUGGAAUGCCAAAUCCUCGUUGAGAUCAAGAUUGUUAUGAUUUCAUAUAAAGCGCUUCUGCCGCGCCGGUGACGCGCGAUGGCCGCGCGGCUGUUGCUGCUGGCCGCUGCGGCGUGCGCGCUGUCGGAGGAGCCGCUCUACUCGCUGCAGCGGCCGGGGCCGGAGCGCGGCUGCGAGUCGGCGGCGCGGCCCGGCGGCGUGCUCAGCGUGGAGUGCGGCUUGGCCGCCGGCCACGUGUCGCUGACCGCCGACGCCGCCGGCACCUUCCUCAAGCUCACCUGCCUGGACGAUAACAGCACGUUCUCGUGCGACGAGCUACAGCAAGCGGGCGAGUUGUUGCGGGCGCGGAUGGACGCGCGGUUGCUCGCCAACCGCACGCUCGAGCGCUUCGAGGUGAGCGGCUGCGUUUUGCCGCGCGGGCCGCUGGCGUGCGCGCUGCGGCUGGUGCGCGCGGCGGACGCGCGGCUGGUACUGCUACGCGACGCGGCGGGCACGCUUUCGCCCGACCACGUGGCUGGGCUGACGCGCGUUGAAAAGCUGCGUCUGUACUACCGCAGGGAAGAAAACGAAACCGCCGUGCCUUGGCACGCGUUGGCGCAGUUGCCCGCGCUCACCAGCUACUCGCAGUGGAAGGGGGCGCUGCAGUUGGAGGCGGGGGGCGCGGGGGGGCUGGGGGGCCCGCCCGCGCUUCCGGGCCUGCGCAACCUGGAGCUGGCGGACGGGGGGCUGCGGGACCUCCCGCGGGGGGCCUUCAGCCACGCGCCCGGCCUCACCACUCUGGCGCUGUGGGGGAACCAGAUCGAGAGCGUGGAUGAAGGGGCCUUCGAAGGCCUGUCGCGGCUGGAGAGCCUCAGCCUCAACUCCAACCGGCUGGGCGCGCUGGCCCCCGCCGCGCUGGCGCCCGCCCCGCGCCUGGCGCGCCUCGACCUGUUCCGCAACCGCCUGCGCGCGCCGCCCGCGCCGCCGCCGCGCCUGCGCGAGGUGUACAUAUUCGACAACGCGGCGCCGCUGACUCUGCCCGAGCUGGCGUUCGCCGACCUGCCGGCGCUGCAACACCUGGAGCUCAGGACGAGCUCCAUCCGGCGGCUGCCGGAGCUCGUGUUCCGGAACAGCAGCGACCUGCGCCAACUGCUGCUGUCCGGAAACAACCUCACGGGCGUUCCGGAAAGCGUGUUCCGCGGCCUCGGGGUACUGGAGGUGUUGGACCUGAGCCACAACCGCCUGUCCGGCGUGCCCGAGCGCCUGCUCGCCGGCCUCGCGGGGCUCCGGGUGCUCAACCUGGCCGGCAACCAGCUGCCGACCCUCAGCGAGACGGUGUUCAUCGGGCUAUCGGCGCUGAGGGAGCUUUACCUCGCCGGGAACCGAAUCCAGAUCCUGCACAGCGAUACCUUCAGGGCGGUCACGGGAUUAGAAAUCGUCUCUCUGGCCAACAACAACAUGUCUAUCUCGAGGGAAGAGAACAUCUACCCCUUCAUUCCGCCGGAACUGUACGCCGAGUACCAACUGGACAAAAACAGCACGUCGGCCGACCAGAUCGAGUACCACUCUCCGCUGCGUGAACUGGUGAACCUGCGCGAAUUGGACCUGAGCGGUAACCGUGUCCGCCUGAUGUGCGACGACUGGCGCUCGGCCUGGAGUCUGCGCCGCUUGGACCUGGCGCACAACCUGCUGACCGCACUCACGGACACGGACUUGGCGUUCACCUCCCAGAGCAUCAAAGUGGACUUGCGCCACAACCGCAUCACGCGCUUCCGGCCCUACGUGUACCCCGCCGGCACCGCGGCCACCCCCACCGUCUUCCUCGACCACAACCCCUUCAGCUGCGACUGCCGCCUCUACCCCGCCGUGGACCUGCUGCGGCGACGCGCGCUCACCGCCGCCCUGGAGAUCCGGCACGCGCUCUGCGCCUCCCCCCCCGCGCUGCUCGACACCCCCCUCGCGCGGCUGCGGCCCGAGCGGCUGAGCUGCGCGCUGCCCGACUGCCCGCCGGGCUGCGAGUGCACGGCCAGCCCGGCCGCCGCGCGCGUGCUGCUCGACUGCCGCGCGCUGCCCGCCGCGCUGCCCGCGGGCGCCGCCUACACGCACCUGCGCCUGCGCGCGCCCGCCGACCUGUCGCGGCUGCCGGCGCGCAUCCGCCACGUCGACCUCUCCGCGCUCAACCUCACCCGCGCGCCGCGCGUGGCGCACGCGCUGGAGAUCGACCUCACCGACAACCGCCUGGAGGCGGUUCCCGUGGCCCUGCUCGAGGCGAACUGCGUGUUGCGCCUCGCCGGCAACCCGCUCCGCUGCGGCUGCGACCGCGCGGCCGACCUCGAGCUGCUGCAGCGCAAGCGGCGCCUGGUGGCCGACUACGGCGACCUGACGUGCGACGACCGGCUGGCGGUGGCGGGCGUGCACGUGGCCGGCCUGUGCGCCGCGCGGGACGCCACGCUCGCGGGCUGCGCCGCGGCGGCGUUCGGCCUGCUCGUGGCCGCGGGCACCGGCCUGGCCUUCCGCCACCGCACGCUGCUGCGGGUCCUGCUGCGCAAGGCGGGGCUGUGGCGCGGCGCGGACGCGGGCGCGCGCGAGUACGACGCCUUCGUGUCGUUCUCGCACGGCGACGAGCGCUACGUGGUGGACACGCUGGUGCCGCGCCUGGAGGGCGGGCGCCGGCCGCUGCGGCUGUGCCUGCACUACCGCGACUGGGUGGUGGGCGACUUCAUCCCGGCGCAGAUCGCGCGCUCGGUGGAGGCGUCGCGGCGCACCAUCGUGGUGCUGUCGGAGCACUUCGUGCGCUCCGUGUGGGCGCAGCACGAGCUGCGCGCGGCGCACGGGCGCGGCCGCCUGCUGCUGCUGGUGCUGGCGGACGUGCGCGCGGCGGCGCUGGGCCCGGAGCUGCGCGCGUACGUGGCCGCCAACACGUACGUGCGCGCCGACGACCCGCUCGCCGUCGACCGCCUCAAGGACGCCGUGCUGGCGACCCGCGCGCCCUUCGCCCCGCGCGAGCCCGCCGCGCCCGCUCGGGGGGCUCGGCCUUCCUAGAACCGUCACGACGACUACUCGAUAGCUGUAAUUCAGGAGUCACGUAGGAUCAAAAUUUCUACGUGAACAGAGUCGCGAGCGACGGCUAGCUAUCCCUACAUGAUAUAUAGAAUUGCCAUUCCAAACAAAUGAUGAACAUUAUGCGAGUGGAAUGUGUGAUGAGUGUUCGGUGAGUCAACAUGUUUGUGUACUCAUUGAGAGUAGCGGCGCGCAAGCAGAGGGUGGGGGUCUUCGAUGCAAAUGUGUAUUCAUUUGAAACCAUCGUGCUCACAGAAGCUACAAAAAAACGGUGUUACAAUAAAAUUUCACUUUCCAAACACAUGUUGAUUCGCGUCAAUCUCGAAUUGUGAUAAAAGUGUAUUUUAACAAGUCUAUUAUGAGAAGAGUCAAUUUUGACGUCAUUUCGUCGCCACGAGACAACAUGGUGCUUCCCGGAUACUCCUAUGUUUGGUGCUUUAUGUGCUAAGAGUCGGUCGAGGCAAAAGUGGCUCUAAACACAGCAAUAAAUGAAAAGACUUUUUUACGCGUCAUCAAACGCUUUAUAAAAUAUUGUGUUCUGGUUUGAACCCAUUUUGCGCUCACCGUGUUAAUUAUACUUAACGUUAAAAUGUUGUGGUGAACACACCCCGUGACGCGGUGACACCCCACGAAUGAGUCCACAUCCAUGUGACGUAAUUACACCACACCAACUUGACAUAAAGACACCCCAUCUAAGUAUCACGUUGACCUGCACACGUGAUACGAUGACACCCCGCCCACGUGACGUAACGACACCCAACAAACUUGUGUUGACGUCCAAACGUAAAGUAACGACAUUCAACAAACUUGUGUUGACGUCCAAACGUAAAGUAACGACAUUCAACAAACUUGUGUUGACGUCCAAACGUAAAGUAACGACAUUCAACAAACUUGUGUUGACGUCCAAACGUAAAGUAUCUUUUCACAACAAACGUGUCAUCCCCACUAAUGAUCUGACUAAACACUAAACAUGUCCUUACGUAGGCUGUUGCGAGUGUGUCUCUAUCCUAAACAGAUUGACGUAAACUUCCGCAGUUAAAGCAAUAAUAACAUAGGUACUUUGUAAAAUUAAGUUUUGAAUAUUGUUAUAUAAUUUCUAUAUUAUGAUCUAUGAGUUGAGAUUCUCUUCUAGAUAUAAGAAAAUUAUGUUAAAAGUGAAAAGGGGAAAAUAGAGAGCGAGUGUCGCAUGCGUCGCUACAAAGGUUGGCUAAUUGGCCAACUUAAAGUGCUUCGAAAAUAAACGUGUAAUAACAUGGCAGUAGCUAUUCAGAUUUUUGUCACGUUGUGAGAUUUGAAAGGUGCUCUCAGUAGAAGUAUCACAAAACACUUUUGACGUAUAUUUGUAUCGGCCCAUAUCAUAUACCUGUUUUUACUGGUAUAUUGUAAUAUUUUAUUGAAUCUCCGGUUGUUUUUGUGAAACAAACAAAUAAAUAGAAUUAUAUUAGUGCUAGAAUUUAAUUGCACCAACAAACAUCGCGGGUGCGUUUGUUCGUGUGAAGCAGCUUACUGUAGAUUAGAACAUAUAUCAGUCAAACGGGUAACAUUGCGUAUUUUUUUUGCUUCCAACUUCUUUUAGUAGUAGGCAAAUAAUAAUUCAGAAUAUUCAUUUGAAUUGUUAUUUGUUUACUACAAAAGUUAAACUUAAACUGAUAAUUUUGAGGUAGUUUCAACGUCCUCUUUAUCUUACUUUGUCAACGGUGGCGUCGGGAGAUGAAUACAAUUUUGUUAUUAUAUUAUAUUCUAUACUACUAUCGUUACUAAUAUUAUAAAUGCGUUUGUUUGUUUGUCCUUCCGUCACGCCCUAACUGAGCAAACGAUCAACAUGAUUUUUGUCAUAGAGUUAGUGAAAUUAAAAGAUCGGAGAGACUCAUAGGCUUUUACUUCGGUUUUCCACGGUUCCCACGGGACUCGUGAAAAACCGAAAUAAACGCGGGUUUUUAAAAAUUUUCUUCAACUCUCAUAUAUAUAUAACUGGGAUGUUGGGACUGCAUAAUAAUUUCGACGUUUGGAUUCAUCCAUUAUGUUUUUAUUUCUUUUCAUUCUCGUGUUUAUACCACGAUAUGUGGACCUUGUCUUCUUCAGAAUUGAAGGAAGACUUAUUGUUUCUGUUUCCUAACGACCGAAUACCUUUUAUUUUACUUAUCUAUAUAUUAAAAAAACACCUCAACUCGACCAAUAAUUAUCAAUGAACAGUAGAUUAAAGAUAUUAUAUAUUAGCGACAUUCCGUAGCGGGGGUAUACAGCAUUAAAUAACAAUACCAGAAAUCUCUCGGUCAAAGAACAUGAGUUGUUAGUUUUAAUGUUAACAUCAGCAAACAGAGGUUUUUGGUAUUUUUAUUUAACGCUGUAUAUCUUGUGGACAACUCUGACCUUACCAGAGAUGGACGUUUAAACGAUAAGCGUUUAAUGAAAGUGUUUUUUUAUAUAAUUGAAACACAAGCACGCCGGUUAAAUAAACCAUUUAAGCAUGGGGUUUUUUAUAUAUAUAUAAUUAUUAAUAAUCACAUAUAUAUAUAUAUAUAUACGAGUAGUCAAUAAUCUUAAUGGCGCGAAUACAAUUUUAAACGUCAGUCGAUGAAACAAAAAAGGUUUGGAUACCAACUAGGCCGAUUGGCGCAUUGGUAGUGACCCUGCUGAAAAAAUAUUCCUCUACAUGUUAGCCCUUGACUGCAUGUCACCUGGUGGUAAGUGAUGAUGCAUACUCCUAGUCGGUUUCAACGCGACAUCGUACUAGAACGCUAACUCGCAUAGCGGCACGUCGCGUCGGCCCGUGCUAGUUACCACCCUACCGACAAAGACGUGUCGCUAAGCGAUUUAGUGUUUCAGUACGAUGUCGCGUAGAAACCGAUUAGGGGUAUGACUACCAUACUCCCUAACCGGUUAGCCCGCUACCAUCCUAGACUGCAACAUCACUUAACACCGGGUGAGAUUGCAGUCGAGGGCUAACUUGUAGUGUAAUAAACCAAAAAAUGAAUGUUACUGCAGAUCGAAUAAAUUAAACGGUCCAUGUUCGACGACACAAAACUUACGGUGUAUGUGAUAUUUAGAUUAUUUUUGUACUAUCAUUUUUAUUCAUAAGAAACGUGUACAACUGAUAAUCUUCACAAGAAUCUCGGAAUUUUAUUGGUUAUAUAAAAAAACUAUAUUUUGUUGGUUUAUUAUCGAAAAGUGAUGUUAUAACGAAAAAUAUUUUACUGAUUUUGUAAUAAAGAGCUAUAAGCGG